CAUCAGGACGAUGUUAGUCAAGCACAGUUCCGGCGACUUCUGCUCUUUUGGGCUACUCGGGAAGGAACCAUUCGGCUUUCACAGUCUUUGAAAUCUCAUUUGGCAGAUCGGAAUGUCGAAUACGCGGUUGUUGAGUUUCGGGACGCAGAUCGAGCGUUGGCAGCUGGGCCAUACCUCUGGUACGAUGGCAGACUCGGUCCAAUCUAUCGUCUAUAUGAAGAUUCUCACAGUACAUUCAUCGGAAGCUUGCGACCAGGCGAUAAGGACUUGCCGCUCAAACCAUUCAGGCUUGCCGGGCACGACCCCCAGACACUUAGCGUUCCUGUACCAAGCCGACAGCCUUUGCUCGGUCAUUCUCCAGAUCAUGGUCGGCUGACUAGCAAACGAAUCCUAAUCAAGGAUAUAUUCGACGUUCGUGGACUCAAAAUGAGCGCAUGUAGUCGAGCUUUCCUCAGACUUGCAACGCCGUCUCAUAGAACUGCGCCAGCUAUACAGCGACUUAUAGACGAAGGCGCUGCGAUUGUUGGGACGGCAAAGCUUAGCUCGAUGAUCUCGCGAGAGGAGCCAAGCGAGUGCAUAGACUACUGCGCUCCGUUCAAUCCGCGAGGCGAUCGUAGUCAAUCACCGGCAGGCAGUAGCAGCGGAAGCGCAGCAGCUAUUGCUGCAUACGAUUGGCUCGAUUACGCCAUCGGUUCAGAUUGUGGCACAAGACGCCCUGCUGGCGUCAAUGGCUGCUUCGCGAUUCGUCUUUCAACGGCAGCGCUCCCAGCAGAGGGUAUCUUACCUUGCUUCAAACUAUUCGACGCGCCUUCUCUUUUUUGCAGGGACAUAAAUGGCAUGGGGGAAGUGGUAAAUGCCUGGUGUGGUCAUUCUUUGAAGUCCUCUGGACGACCUCCUACAUCAGUCUUCGUACCCAUGGACUACUUUCCUGUCAAGAAUAAUGAGCAACAAAAUCUUCUCGAUCAAUUUGCGCUAGAUGUCUGCGCAUGUUUCAAGAUCCCCAUACGCAAGAUCCACCUGCAUAAACUGUGGGAGGAGACCCGACCCGCGACUGCCCAUGGAAAUGGCCUGAAGGAGUACUUGAGGGACGUCGGGCGGAACUCGUUCAUCUACGAUUUCUAUCAUUCUACCGACGACUUUCGGAGCGAAUACGAGCGUCGGUUCGAAGCAUCACCUCAGGUGAACAGAGUCGUCCGCUGGCGCUGGGAAGUGGGCAAA